AUGAUGGAUUUGGUUGCUGGUGUACGCAAAGAAGGCAGCCGCGGUGGCCGCAAUGAGUUCAAAUGGUCCGACGUCCAAACUUCCGCCCACCGCGAGAACUACCUAGGGCACUCAGUGAUGGCGCCAGUUGGCAGAUGGCAACAAAAUCGUGAUCUCAACUGGUAUGCCAAGGCAGACGAAGACGAGGAAGAACGAACCCGUAAAGAGCGAGAGGAACUUCAACGUGUCAAGGAGGCGGAGGAGGAAGCAAUGGCUGUCGCGCUGGGCCUCCCGGUGCCCCCUAAAGCAUCCGAGAAUGCCAAUAUGGUUCCUUUAGGAGGCCCUAGUAAUACCGAUACUGCGCCAAAAGAAGAAGAGAUGCCAGAUGCCACGACAAGGGAAAGAGACCACCGCUCGAGUCACCGACACAGACGCGAGCGAACCCGAAGCCCACGACGGGAAAGGCGACAUGACCGGGGCGACGAUCCUGCACGUGAGAAGGACCGGAGGCACCGCAGACAUCAUGACGACCGAGAGCGCCAUCAUCGCAGCCAUCGUCACAGAUCCCGCUCACGAUCUCGCGGUCGAGAUCACCACAGACGGCGCUCAUUUUCCCGUUCUAGGAGUCGACCCAGUCGUAAAGACGAAGAACACCAGAAACGACGACGGAUGGAGCGCAGCUACUCUCCGGCUGAGCGUCGGCGACAUCCCGAACGUAGACGAGACCGAGAUGACUAUGAUCGCCGCCACUGA